UUUUAUUAUUUUUAUUCUUUUUUUAGAUCGGCAAAAAGGUGCCGAUCAUUUAUGGGCUGUAUGAGGGUAAUUUUUAUCCCGUUCCGAUUUGUCAAGUUCUGCGCACAAACGAAACGUAACACCUGAUUAUUCAAUUAAAAAUAUGUAUAAUAUUAAUAAGUACAAAACAAAACGUGGAACUUAAAAUAUUCUAGUUGGGAUAAAAAGGGAAUAAUAAGUUGUAUUGUACAUUAUUAAUGAAAUAUAAUAAAUAUCAAAAUCAAACCCAAGUAAAAUUAUUUCGUUUCUUCCUUUUCCUUUUAAAAUAAAUUUUAUAAUUCUAAAUUUUUUUUUUUUAGUCAGUAUGUCUCAAAAGUCUGUCUCGAAUGUUGUUAAUAACAAACGUCUUAGCAUGAUGGGCUCGAUGUUUUUAUCUACACCGCCUCCACCUUUUAUCGAAUCCAAAGAACAAGAAAAUUUUAAAUUAUGCAAAAUGAAACCGCAUGGAAUUUGUCUUCCACCGUCACCGAAUGAAAUAAAUAGAUAUGAAAAAUGGCAUGAUAAUGAAGAUGAGGAUUAUUUUUCAUUUGCUGCAAGUAACUUGGCAACAUCAAAUAAGGCUCGCUCAAAACACUCCACUCAAGCAUUUGCUAGAUUAGAAACAACUAAGGAAAAUGAUACGUUUACAAGUUUGUCACAAAAAGUCAUCGUAGAAUCACCAAAGAUUACAGAUAAUCUGGUUCUACAAUUAGAAGAUACGUUCAUACCUCCCAUGUCAUCAUCAUGCUCAACUUCAACUUCCGGAGAUUCCGAUAUUGAUGAUUUAAAUCAGGAAAAUUCUACUUUUACUUCCAAACCUCCAAUGCAAAAGCAUCUAACUAAAGAUUUUGAUUCUUAUGUAUCUGAAUUUAUUCGUCAUAGCGGAUUUACUAUGAAAGUUGCAAAGAGACGGGAAACCACUUCCAUCUUCGGAAAUUUCUUUUAAUCACUAAACCUCGUUAAUAAUUUAGUUUAAUUAAUUGUCAUGGUUGCAUUUCUUAAUUUGCAUUGUCUUGUACAUAGUAAUUACCUUGUGCUGAUUAUCAUAAAAACAUUAAUAGUUAAUACUAAUAAUCAUAUUAAUA